AAAAAAAAAAGGGACAAAGACAAAAUAGAUAUCAGUCUCAUGCAGCGCUGGUGAUGUGCAUCAUCACCUCUACGGUUCCUAUUAAUACCACACAUCUCGUGGCUCAUAUUUAAGUCACCCAACAACCUCCAUCUUCUUCAUUUACUAUUCCUGCCACCAUCGCCAUUCUCGUCCUCUCUUUCUCCUCCCUUCCCCUUCCUCUUCCCAGCCCUGCCUCUCUCUUUCGGUCCAACCAUCGUCGCCGCUCGCUGCUGGUCGCCUACUCCUCCGGCCACCUCCGGCAUUGCUUUGGUAUGGGAGCCUGUUGCAGCAGGAAUGACGACGUCAUGGAAUUGGCGACGCGCAGAGCGUUCAUGGAGGAGGAGGAGCAGGAGGAGGGCGAAGAUGUGGCAUCCUGUUUGUUCGGGGCGGAGGAGCAGGGCGACGGCGAGGAGGGAGGGGGAGACUCCGCCCGGGUGAGGCUGCGGGGAUCCUCCAUGGCCGUCGCCAUGUAUUCUCAGCAAGGAUGGAAAGGCGUCAACCAGGACUCCAUGACCGUUUGGGAGGGUUUUGCCGGCGACAAAGACACUAUCUUCUCUGGCACGUUCGAUGGCCACGGCCCGUAUGGGCACAAGGUCUCCCGGCACGUCCGCGACACGCUGCCCUCCAAGCUGCAAUCCCAACUGAAGCGGUUGAUGAACGACGACUCCAACCUCGACACCGAGACAUGGUUUCCCAAAUGGAAAGCCAUUUUUGUGAACGCCUUUGAAGAAAUGGACAAAGAGCUACAUGCCCACCCAAUGAUCGAUUGCAUCUGCAGUGGAUCCACAGCUGUAACCAUAAUCAAACAGAGAGAGCACUUGGUGAUUGCUAACUUGGGAGAUUCUAGAGCAGUAAUCUGCACCAGGGACAACAAGAACCAUAUAGUUCCUGUCCAACUCACAGUUGAUCAGAAACCAAACAUACCAAGUGAAGCAGAGAGGAUCAGGCAUUGCAGAGGAAGAAUUUUUGCGCUGCAGGAAGAACCUGAUGUGCACAGGCUUUGGCUGCCUGAUGAGGACUGCCCGGGCCUCGCCAUGGCAAGAGCUUUUGGUGACUUCUGCCUCAAGGAUUUUGGGCUCAUCUCCACCCCUCAGAUUUCCUACAGGAAGUUGACUGACAAUGAUGAGUUUGUUGUCCUAGCAUCUGAUGGUGUCUGGGAUGUGCUACCAAACAAGGAAGUGAUCAAAAUAGUAUCAUCUGCCAGCAAGAGAUCUGACGCACCUAAGCUGGUGAUUGAGAAGGCAGUUCGUGCAUGGCGAAUCAAGCACCCAACUUCAAAGGUCGACGACUGCACUGUGGUAUGCGUGUUCCUUAAGGUUCCUCCUCCAACAUCAGCAUCCAACAAGUCAACGAGACGAAGCAGGAGCUUGAGCACAGCAUCAUCCGACAUAUCCUGCACAAGCUUUAGGACAGCCAGAAGCAGUGAAGUGUCUGAGGUGGAGUUGGAAGCCGGGUCGGAGGAGUAUUGGAAUGCACUUGAAGGGGUGAGCCGGUCCAACUCGAUGCUGAAGCUGCCAAGGUUUACCAAAGCUUUGAGCUGGCACAGGAAAUCUUUCAAGGUAGAAGAAGAUACUUGUGCGCACUAAGAUUGGAUUUUUAGAAGAUUGAUCUAAAUGCAUUGGUUCAAGAUUGGAAUUCA